UGCAGGGCAGGUAUAAAAGGCAGCCCGAGCCCCUGCUCUCUCAGCCACUUCUCUUGCUUCCUUCUGCUUGGGAACCAGGUGCAUUUCCAGACCCAAGCCAUGUCCUGCAACACCCAAUGCCGUCCCUGCCAGCCCUGUGGCCCCACCCCRCUGGCCAACAGCUGCAAUGAGCCCUGUGUCCGGCAGUGCCAGAGUUCCACUGUCGUCAUUGAGCCACCUGCUGUGGUGGUGACSCUGCCYGGYCCCAUCCUYAGCUCCUUCCCUCAGAACACCGUGGUGGGAUCCUCCACCUCUGCUGCUGUUGGCAACAUCCUCAGCUGUGAUGGAGUGCCCAUCAACUCUGGGGGCUUUGACCUGUCCUGCAUCACCAGGCGCUACGGUGGCAACAGAAGUCGUCCCUGCUAGAGAUGCUGAGAAAACCCAACAGGACAUCUUGAGCAACUCAACACAGUGCUGGGCAGAGGAUCUAGGUUUUGAUAAAGACAGCUGUUUGCCGGAUAGCUGACUGAACUUGCCUCUCUUUCCCUUUUCAUUUUUUGCAUUGGUUUCUAUGUGCUGCAAUGUUCCCCUCAGGCCACCUUGGCGGGGACCAUUUGGUUUGUUCCCUUUGUGGGAUAGCUAAACCAGUGUUAUACUGGAAUUAUUCCAGAGCCAAGGAGCGCAGACUCUGCUGCCCUCCCUGCGGCCUCCGCUGCUGACCUCCACUUGCAGUGGCUUUGUUUCCUUCUUUCAUUUCAUUAAAGUUCUGCUGCAUUCAA